AUGAUUUCCCGUCAUCUUCAAAACAACCUUAUGAGUGUGGACCCAGUCAGCAACCAGGCCAUGGAGCUCUCUGAUGUCACCCUUAUUGAGGGUGUGGGUAAUGAGGUGACUGUGGUGGCAGGUGUGAUGGUGCUGAUUCUAGCCUUGGUCCUAGCUUGGCUCUCUACCUACGUAGCAGACAGCGGUAGCAACCAGCUCCUGGGCACUAUUGUGUCAGCUGGCGACACAUCCGUCCUUCACCUGGGGCAUGUGGACCAUCUGGUAGCGGGCCAAGGCACCCCAGAGCCAACUGAACUCCCCCAUCCAUCAGAGGGUAAUGAUGAGAAGGCUGAAGAGGCUGGCGAAGGUGGGGGAGACCCCACAGGGGAACCUGGAGCCGGGGGUGGUGUUGAGCCCAGCCUUGAGCAUCUGCUUGACAUCCAAGGCCUGCCCAAAAGACAAGCAGGCCCAGGAAACAGCAGUCUGGAGGCACCUGUGAGAUCGGAGGAUAGCACCUGCUUGCCUCCCAGCCCCAGCCUCAUCAGCGUGCGGCUCAAAUUCCUCAAUGACACGGAGGAGCUGGCUGUGGCCAGGCCAGAGGAUACCGUGGGUGCUCUGAAGAGUAAAUACUUCCCUGGACAGGAGAGCCAGAUGAAACUGAUCUACCAGGGUCGCCUGCUGCAGGACCCAGCCCGCACACUGCGUUCCCUGAACAUUACCGACAACUGUGUGAUUCACUGUCACCGCUCACCCCCUGGGUCAGCUGUUGCAGGCCCCUCGAGCUCCCUGGCCCCCUCGGCCACUGAGCCACCCAGCCUCGGCGUCAGUGUGGGCAGCCUCAUGGUGCCUGUGUUUGUGGUGCUGCUGGGUGUGGUCUGGUACUUCCGUAUCAAUUACCGCCAGUUCUUCACAGCACCUGCCACAGUCUCCCUCGUGGGGGUCACCGUCUUUUUCAGCUUCCUAGUAUUUGGGAUGUAUGGACGAUAA